GUGGUGGCGGCGGCGGCGGUAAUUCUGUUGGUCCCAGCGGAUUGCGUAUUAGUACCACGCCUCAAAGCCCGAUAGGCAAUGCACAACAGGGACCAAUUAGCAGCGGUGGUGCUAAUGGCAUAAAUAUUACCAAUUCCAUUAAUUUGCAACAACAGCAGCAACAACCACAACAGCAACCUGUUUCACUUGGAGCAGGAAGUGGCGGUGGCACUAGCCAGAAUUCAUUGCUCAAUACGCCACCAGACCCAACAAUGAAUUUCAGCUUCGAUACACAAGAUUUCUUCAGCAGCAGCGUUGCGAGGUGACCAUAAAAAGUGUGGAAUUCUACACAGUUAAAUAGCGACCGCAAACAUCAAAACAACAGCAAAAAAUUAAAAAUAAACUGCAAAAUGGGCAGAAAUUAAACUGGUAACGUAAUAUUAAACGAAAAAAUGGCCCGGUCAAUCUGGCACAAUGUUUAGGUCUGCGCUGAAAUAAUUCCCUGACGGAUGAAUGAUAUGCCGUUUUGAUCAGAAAGUUAUGCUGAAUAAUAUAACGAAAUGUCCUUAUCUCAAGUUGAUAUGAAAUAUUUUUAAUUAAUUAAUACCUAUGGUGAUUAUAUACAUAUUUAUGGGCAUGUGCAUGUGUGUAUGUAUGUACUCAUUUUUCGCUUCUGCUCUGUGUUAUUCUUGAUUCUCUUUGAUUUUUAUCUAAUUCUUUUGGAAUAUUUUAUCUCUUUCUUGACACAAAAGUGAUGUGCCGGGACCUUGAAAAAUUACUUUCAUGCAGCGAAAGCAGUUUUACUUCAAAAAUUAAUUACACUGGUCUACAAGGGUUUUGCGAAUAAGACGGGACCUGGUGUUUCCGAACGG